UUCAUCCGCCGUGUCUUUUGUAGGACCAAAAAUGAGUGAAUCGGAAAUGGAAGUGGUUUUGGCUCAGGAUGACGAAGAGGACGAUGAAAAGCCUUAUGUUCGUACUCUGGAAGAUGUACAAAGUAUCAUUAAACACGCCAAGCUGGAUGCCAAGAAUCUUACACAGGUUACACAAGCACUUUAUUACCCUUCCGCCAGUAUGGAUAAUGAUAAUUUGAAACUUCUUGAGCUGGACUCGCAUAUGCACCAGCAAAUCCGACUUGGCCAAACUUUAUACUUCAAAGGGGGCCACAAUGAAAAAAUUGUGCUUUGCACUGAAGAGAAAACAUAUGACGUGAAAGGCGCCGAGAUAUCAAACAGUCUUCUGUUGGUGCCGGAUUUGAAGUUUGCUGCUGCCACCAGCACGUCUCCAUUGAAGAGUCCUCGCACUGGUACGUCUUCGCUAGAAACAAGUUUAAAUGAUGAUGACGACGACAUUUCGGUCGACAAAGUGCUAGAACAGCGAAAAGUAUUGAAAAUUUUCCAUGAAUAUUUCGAGUGCCGCGAAAUACGCCCACGUUAUCGUAAAAUAUACGAACUGCUACAGUUGACGCGUUUCUCAGGGCCUGAAAAUGAAGAAUACAUUGAUCGCAAACUACUUUUUACAUACAAUCAAUUGUUGGACACAGUGCAAUGCAGUCGGAAGCAAUUCGAUGAAGGGUUAUUACAUUUCCGCGUAAUGGAAUACGAUGGGCGCAUGCGUGUGCUCGAGUGUGAAUACGAGAUGCGCAUUUUGAAUUGUAUGCUUGCUCUGUUGAAUGAAAAUUCAUGGCCUUUAGAUGAAGUCGAAUUCGAAGAAACUGUGGCAGCUUUGGAAGGCAUUGCUCCUUCUGAUAUCGUAAAGGGACUUUUUCGCAUAUACACUGUACCGACUGAGGGAAAAGAAGGGAAAUUCACAUACAAAGAGGAAUUGGUUGCACGUAUCAUAGCACAAAAUAUUUUGCAACCAGAGCUAAAAUUCCGUAAAGAUGAGUUCAUGAACACUUGGCAAGAAGCUAUGCCAGAGGGAAUGCACUGUGACGAAAUAUAUUUGCGGGCGCUGGGCAUUAUCGAUAAAGAAGGGCAUACAACCUGUAUACGAUCGUUAGUUGAAGAACUUCUUCCAACGAAUAUACACGAACGCAUGCGCAUAUUAUUCAAGACUAAGACGCGCUGGACAAUGGAUGAAAUGGAACCAUACAUUGAACAAUUCGUACUACAGAUCUUGACAAACUUAGUCAUGGAGCGAAACUCAGUUGAACAGCACGUAAAAGUGAUCCGAACUUUGAUGCCGAUGCCAUACAGCGCAUUCAACUAUAGCCCUAUUGCGAACAUCUGCGGUCUCAUUGAAUCAAAUCAUACGUAGGAGAACCUUUCGAUAACAUUUGGACUCACAUUAAACGUUGGACGUUGGAAGUAAUACGUGUAUAUUCGAGCGAAUAGAGGCAAAACCAUGUUUUAAAAAAAGGUGAACGCUUUAAAACGAAAUAUUCGUUGUCUAUCUGUCAUUGAAAAGCGGAUUUGAGAACAAGGUUUUAUCGUCGGUUCCAGCUUU